UUCAUCUUGUUGCAUACCGUAGCCUUUUUGUUUCUCUUUUUAAAAUGUUUUAUCUCUUGCAGUCAUGAUUCAACUUAAACACUGAAACUUUAUGCAUGAGGGAGAUUUGUGGUGAGCGCUGACAUCCCAGGGGUAUAGCAGGCCAGCUUCAGGCUACUAUAAAACACGUCAGUCACCCGCCACUUUGAUUUUCUUCAGUUUAACUAUAUGACAUAAUCCAGAUAAGCAGUAUGCACUGGGAGAAAUCGUCACCAUCAUCGCUGACCAGGUCCAGACCGUACCAAGGUGUCCGAGUCAGAGACCCGGUCAAGGAGCUGCUGAGGAGGAAGAGAAGUCUGGAGCCGCACUGCAUCAAGACGGCGCCCCCUUCUGCGGAUGUGGUCACGCAUAACAGCCAGUCGUAUACACAAGGCGUGUUUGGCUCUGAUGUUGCCGGCGGCUCCCCAGCCGAGCCGUUGACUGCAGUCAGUGAUGGAGGGCUACAGUGUGCAGGAUGGAGAUCUGUCCCAUCUACCACCAGUGCUGGCCAGCAGGCUGCUGUUACACCCUGGUCCACAUCUGACUACCAGCAGGACCAUUCAGCUCAGACUCUGGCUUACCCAGCCACCCCCACCCUCACUGCUGAUGUAUUCAUGCAGACUCUUUGUCCCAGCUACACCAUGCUGACCUACACACACACACCAUUGCUCACCAACUUUGGGAACAUUCCUGUUGCCCCAGCACCAGGCUCCCUCCCUCAGAUGGAGCUCCCAGACUCAGGGUUGACCUACCUCCCUUGGGCCCAGCCCAUCACCACCAUAUCUACCAUGCCGAACCAGGGAGUCCAGUUUGCCCCCGGCUCUGCAGCCCUGCCUGGGUCACCUCUGGUCCAGAUGCCCUUGUCCAUGUCUUUGACCACCAUGAUUCCUCAGCUGGAAGCUCAGAGUGGAGGUCAUCCUCUUCCGCAGAUACUGGACCUCCCGCAUCAUUCAGAACAUCAAGUGGACCAUGAGCCGCAAGGCCAGUCUCCAAGCUCGAGUCCAGAGGCAGAGUCUCCAAACCUCCUGGAUAAACUUCUGGAGGAUCAAAAGGGUGAUAGCGAAGACGAGGACAAAGACUCGUACAGCAGCUCGCUCUUCAUUCCAAAUGUCUGAAAAUUUGAGUUUUCUUCUAGAGUAGCAUUUUUUCUGUUCGUCCGGGGCACCAUUAAAGGAUUAUUUGGCCUAAUUAUGACUUCAUUUGGCUACUGUGUCUACAAUUUGUAUUGAUUAAGGUAGCUGUAUUCCUUAAAGUAAUUGCUGAGAUCAACGCUGAAUGAAUAGCAAUGGGAAAGUUGGCAACUCCCCCCAAAUCCCAGGCAACUCCCUCCAAAUUCCAAGAUUUUUAAUUUUCAAUUCAUUCGUAAAUACAAUUUUUUUUUUAGGAAUGUGCACCACUAAAGCUCAAAAAGGUGGCUAAAUUUUAGAGCUUCAGAGCGCUUGGCUGUUUAAGACUGUUUUUAAAUGGGUGUGUGAUGCUUUUCUUGAGUUGCAAUUGACUUUUAUUCAUGCAACUGUUUCCUUUAUGCAGCAAAGUCUGGCAUUGAGAAACAGGACAAAAAAGACACUGCUGUCUGUCAUUAGAAAUGAUAUCUGAGACUGUCGCAGUUUACUGAGAAAAGCCUUUAGUGCUGUCCGUGUCCUGAGGUGUUUGUCAAAGUGAUAAAAUCAGCAAAUAAUGCUGUCAGUUAACAAGAGUCAGGAGCUACUAUAAACUGACUUCAUUCAAACUCAAACUGCGUCAGGCAAGAACUUUAUGUCACAUGAUAAGACUGGCGAUUUAUGCUGCUGCAGAUACAAGAAAGAACAGUUACUUAAGACAAAUAAAUAAUGAGAAAACAAAGCAAACAACGCCAACAUGCUAACCUGCCUGAUGCUACUUUAAAGUUCAAGAACGGUUUCUGGCCAAAUUCUCUUUUUUUCAGGUUGUGGUUCAAACUGAAUUACUAUUUCUAUACUAUUUUAAAUACAUUUGGAGUGCUUUGUACCAUCUUACAUUGUACUUUAGGAGAAUUUUAUCCCAUAACUGUGCUUGCACUUGGCAGGGAAGGCCUCUAAGUCUCAGGGGUUUCCCCGAGGGGAAACUGUCAUUGUGAAAGGGGCUGCAACUCCUUUGUUGAAUCUCAUUCCUUAAAAUCACCAAAGAUCGUAUCACAGUGGACAAAACAAGGUGGGAACAUGUUAAGAGAUGUUAGCUAUGGCUCUGUGUUCUUUAUGCAGAAUUCACAAAUUUGAAAACUGAAUAAAUGCUAAGAGUGUAGUUGACACUCCAAAUGGACACCAACAAAAAACAAAUAUAAAA